AUAGAUACAUACAUACACAUCUAAUUACAACCUGGGGUAAAAAUUAGUUUGUUGUAUAGAGAUGUUUCUUGAAGCUAAGUAUUCCCACACUCAGUGAAGGGAGCACCGUGCAGGCGCUCUGUCGCCCUCUCUCUCUCUCUCGCUCUCUCUGUCUCUCCUUCUCUCUCUUUCCAGUCGUCGCUGUCUGUAUCGAUGAAGUUGUUUCAAAGAUGGCGGAUUUCCUGCCGUCCCGCUCCUAUUUAUCUGUAUGUUUUCCAAACUGCCUGCUAACGAGUGGCGAGGCGGAGCAGCUGCGGAAGUCUAAGGAGAUAGACAAGUGUAUUAAUCGAGAUAAGACGUAUGUGAAGCGGCUGGUCAAGAUACUACUUCUCGGAGCUGGCGAGAGCGGCAAGUCCACUUUCCUCAAACAGAUGCGCAUUAUCCACGGCAAGGACUUCGACCAAAAGGCCAAAGAAGAAUUCAGAGGGACGAUAUUUAGUAACGUUAUCAAAGGUAUUCGAGUGUUAGUGGAUGCUCGGGAAAAACUACACAUCCCCUGGGGCGACCAGUCCAACCAAAGACACGGCAACACCAUGAUGGCCUUCGACACCCGGUCGGCGAUGACCCAAGGUCACGGCAUGGUCGAGCCCAAAGUUUUCCACCACUAUGUGCCAUCCAUCCGCUCCCUGUGGGCAGACCAGGGCAUCCAGAAUGCGUACGACCGUCGCAGGGAGUUCCAACUGGGGGAGUCGGUCAAGUAUUUCCUGGAUAAUUUGGAAAGACUGGCGCAGUCGGAUUACCUCCCCAGUCAGCAGGACAUCCUCCUGGCCAGGAAACCCACCAAGGGCAUCCACGAGUACGACUUUGAGAUCAAAAACGUACCUUUCAAGAUGGUGGACGUGGGCGGCCAGCGCUCUGAGAGGCGGCGCUGGUUCGAGUGCUUCGACUCGGUCACCUCCAUCCUCUUCCUCGUCUCGUCCUCAGAAUACGACCAGGUGCUGAUGGAGGACCGGCAGACUAACCGGCUCAGUGAGUCCCUCAACAUUUUCGAGACCAUCGUCAACAACCGGGUUUUCAGCAACGUCUCCAUCAUCCUCUUCCUCAACAAGACGGACCUGCUGGAGGAGAAGGUGAAGCAGGUCUCCAUUAAAGACUACUUCUCCGAGUUCUCGGGCGACCCCACCAGUCUAGCUGACGUGCAGCGCUUUCUAGUGGAAUGCUUUCGCAAAAAGCGGCGCGAGCAGCAGCAGAAGCCCCUCUACCACCACUUCACCACCGCCAUCAACACCGAGAACAUCCGCCUGGUGUUCCGUGACGUCAAGGACACCAUCCUGCACGACAACCUAAAGCAGCUGAUGCUGCAGUGAGGAGGACUGACCAGAAGGAGGCGAAGGAGGGGGAGAGGCAGAUGUGUGAGGUGGGGGGGCGGGGGGUGUCUUUGUCUUAGUGCCACUAUCCCCCCCUCCCCCCCUCGCCUCCCACUGCACCGGCCCGUCAGUGGAGCAGGCAGUGUUUGCUAUUGAACUUUGACUGUAUUAAUGCCACCACUACUACUCCCUGCCCCAUCUACUGCCCCCCCCUCCACUCCCCAUGCUUGCUCUCUGUCCUACUGAGCUGCUUCACUGACUGAUGACGGCUGCUUCUGCCUCAGCGCUGUCACUUUCCUCCAUACCACUCUUCGAAUCACUGUAAACGACCUCUGACCCUGGGGUCACGCUCCUCUCUGUAGGACUGUCUCCCUCAUUCUCUUCCUCACGACGUCCGUGUUUAUUUCUUUGACCACUCACUCAUAGGAAGGAGUAAAGAGAGAGGAGGCAGGUGGGGGUGGGGGGCAUAAAGGGGCGUGGCUUGCUGCAGCUAACUACUGGUGCUGAUGAUGUCAGCAGCUUAGCUACGAGAGCUAGGUGUCGCCUUCCUCUCGGCACUUCUUUUUGUUCUCAUUGGUGCAUGAUGAUGACAUCAUCAGGUCAGGGUGGGUACUUCACCCUGAGAGCGGUGGAUCAGGAAAGAGCAGAGAAGCUGCACGCACACACCGACACACACAGAUAGGAAUUUCUGUUCUUCGUUUAAUUCUAGUUUAUUAAUCUUUUUUUUUUUCUUGUCUAUAAUUAUACUGUAUGUAUCUAUGCAUUUCCUUUAACUUAUAUUUUAGUGGGGUUUACACUGUGUGUGUUGAUGAACUGUUACAGUUGAUGUGGGUCAGGAGCGCACACACACACACACACACAAACCACUCGGACGACACUGUUACACUAACACGUGCAGGUUGCAGUGCGACACAUCUUUGACACAUCACAGUUUUGUUUUUUUUUUCCUCAGGGCACGUUUUAAAAACCACUCCUCGUCCGUCUGCUCACGGUGUUGUUGUCGAACAGCUGCGUCAGACUGUCUUUCUGAAGGUGUGUCGCCCCGACGUGUGCAGUGUAGACGUCCGCGUCACACACACACAUCUUCCUUUACGCUCGUAGUCUCUGUGAACUCCUCACACCGUCAGGACAGUUACUGCCUUCACGAUGUUCUUGCCCAAACCACACACACACACGUGUGGAUGUGUGUUGUCUAAGCUGUGGAACAGGAAGUUGAUGAACAGAUGUCCGUUUGUUCCUGUCUUGUUGGACAAUAUGAUUCUCCCUCUGUCCUUCUGCCUGAGUCAGGAUGAAGCAGCCUCUGUUGGCAGUGUGUGUGUUUGUUGGGGGGGGGGGGGAGGGGGGUGAAACCCCAGCAGAGGGGUCUUUGUCUUUGCUCAGAGCGCUCUGUCUCAUCGUCGCUCGAGGACAGACGGCAGCCUGUGGUCUCUCAGCCUCACAGAUGCAUCAGGAGGUCGCAGGAGAAGAGGCUUCUGUCAGCGCUGAGCAAACUUUGUUGUUGUUGUUGUUGUUGUCGUCGAUGCUCCCGUCUCUCUCACACACACUCAGACUGAUCAGUGUGUGUGUCUUUAACAUGCAGUCGCAGCUUCUCAGCUCCGUGACUCUGCGGCGUCUCGUUCCCCUGCAGCCGGAGUUCUGGACUCCAGGUUACGUGUUAACGAUGCUGCUGCCAGGAGUUCAUCUGUGAGUGAGUUUCUGUUCUCCUGUCUCGGCUGGUCAGGUCCUAGUUCUUCACUGAUCCGUAUCUCCAGUUGAAAGCCUUCAAUGAUUUGACUUAAGGUGAAAAGUUUGUUCCUUGUGGCCAAAAAGUACUUGAGUGGUUUGCGUUGAGAGGAAGAAACUGUCACACAGGAGGCAAAACUGUUGGUUGGUCUGAAGCGGAAGAUUCUGUUUGUGCAGGUGUUUUCAGGAGUGAGUGGAGAGCAGGCGUGAAGGUUAGCGCCAUCUGCAGCUGAUGGUUUUGAACUGUGGUUUUUGCCUAUUAAGCCUCUGAACGUCACAUGGUGGACGCGGUAAUGUCCGGUAGAGUCAGUGCUUCCAAAACACUAGUGACAGCUGACGUCAGCGGGACGGGACGAGACGACUGUUGUUGUUGAUGUUGUUGUUACUGGUGCAACAACACAAAGUUCAACAUAAUGACCUAAAGUCCAGCAGGUCAUAGGUUCAACUUCCUCUUCCUCCUCGUCUGAAGCCUUAAUCUCCAGGUGUUGAUGACCAGUGUUGACGUCACUGAACGACCACGACUGUCAUCACUUCACACCCGUGUUGUCGACCCGUUCCUGGGUUCAGUAUUCCAAAUCCGGUGCCUUUUCUUCGUAAACUCUGACACCGUCCAUCGUAGAACUUGGACCUUUGACCUUUACAGUGACUGCGGCAACAGUUCACUGUUGUUGUCUACGGUCUCGCCUUCGUCGUCUUAACUGCCUCGGUCGGAAAUGUGCUGACUGUGCAGCACUCAGUCUUAAUUCAAACACUGAGGUCACAUGACACGGGUCCAAAUUCUACAGUCCACGUUUCCUUUCCCCUGCUGUCUCUAGUCCUCUGUGGCGAUCGGUGAGUCUAUUUUUUUUUUUACCCACAAUGCCUUGUUUUAAUCUCUUCAGUGAAGUGUCGGCCUUUUCUCGACCCGUCAUCUGUGACGCUGCAACUUUG